AUGGUCUGGUCCAGCAGGUGUGCUCACGAUUCCGCCCUCCUGUCCUCGCACGUGUUUCCUCUUCCUCCCCCCUCGUUUUCCCCCUUUACCACCUUCCCUUCCCAACUCCUCUCCCUCCCUUCCCCCAUCCUCGCCCUGGGGCACAACUCUCCCGCCAGGCUCUCUCCUGUGCUCCCACUUCUUCUGCUCCCUUUCUUCUCUCCGCUUCCACCACAUCUACCUGCCCCUUUCCCCACCCCAACGCUCCCUUUGCCCCAUUCCUCCCAUUCCCCGUCCCCCCGCCCCCCCUCCUUCUUCUCCCAUUCCCUCAGCCUGGGCGCAACGCCAGCUAUGGAGUCUGGGUGCAACACCAGCCAUGGAGGUCAUGAUUGCGGCAGGCAAGGCUGUAGCGCAACUACAGGUGAUGAUGAUGAUGAUGAUGAUGAUGAUGAUGAUGAUGAUGAUGAUGAUGAUGAUGAUGAUGAUGAUGAUGAUGAUGAUGAUGAUGAUGAUGAUGAUGAUGAUGAUGAUGAUGAUGAUGAUGAUGAUGAUGAUGAUGAUGAUGAUGAUGAUGAUGAUGAUGCAAACAGUGCCACUACAGCUACCACUACUCAUUUAAUCUAUCUUUGGAGCAUGGGCUGGCAGUGGAGCGGGUGUAUGCUGGCUGCUCACUCUGUCUGUCCUCCCUGCCUCCCUCUGCACCUCUCUGCACCUUUAACCCUUGCACCCCUUUGCACCAAUUUGUACACCACGGCUUGGCAGGUGGAGCAUGGGUUGGCAGUGGAGCGAGUGUAUGCAGGCCACUUCAUGACGUCCCUCGACAUGUCAGGUCUCUCCCUCUCAGUGAUCAAGGUGGACGAUCAAGUGCUGCAGCGACUAGACGCCCCAACGCUCGCUCCUGCAUGGCCCAACGCCUGCCAAGGUGCGCGCCCUGCCACCAAGGUGCCAGUGCCACUCCCCCCUGCCCCACCAGGCUCCCAACCUGCAUCAGUAUGUGAGCGUCCAAAGGAAUUGACAGAGGAGGGGCGGUGCCUGGAGCAGUGCAUUCGAGGGGGCGCCCAGGCCGUGCUGGCUCUGGCAGCGGACCUGAAUGCAUGGGAUGCCAAGAUUGGUGAUGGGGAUUGCGGCAGCACGAUGAGCCGUGGAGCCAAGGCAGUUCUUGAAGCACUCGCCUCAAGAUACCCUCUAAAUGAUGCACCGGCGACGGUUAGGGAGAUGGGCGCGAGUGUACGGUGCUCCAUGGGAGGGACAAGUGGAGUGAUAUACGACAUCUUCUGUCGUUCCGCAUAUGUGAAGCUGAGGGAGCUGGCCGGGCCAGCAGCACAGCCCACCCCUGCCCACUGGGCGGCUGCAUUUGAGGCGGCGGUGGCAGCGGUGAGUCUGUACGGUGGUGCUCAAGCCGGCUACCGCACCAUGCUGGAUGCGCUGCUGCCCGCCGGUGCAACUCUCUCUCGCAGCGUCAAUGCAGGGGAGUCAGCAGCUGCAGCGCUGGCAGCAGCUGCUCAGGCUGCUGCUGCAGGAGCUGAGUCAACCAAGUCAAUGCCAGCUCUGGCUGGCAGGUCCAGUUAUGUACCAGCAGAGGUGUUGGCGUCAGUACCUGAUCCCGGAGCCAUGGCUGUAGCGGCAUGGCUGCAGGGCGCCGCUACAGCCAUGCAACCUCCGUCCCAGCCUGUAGUCGACCCUGUAGCAGGGCCUGCAGUGGCAGCGGCAGCAGCGGCAGCAGCAGCAGCAGCAGCAGCAGCAGCAGCAGCAGCAGCAGCAGCCCCACAAUCAGCACCACAAGAAUAG